AUGAAUCACGCGCAAGCCGUUCUUGGGCUGCAUCCCUACUCAGCCGUUGAUCUAGCUUUCCUUAGAAAUGACUUGUUCUUUGAUAAAAUUCGCUUUGAUGGAACGACCAGUCGCUUUGCAGGCCCAUUCGCACUACGAUUGAUGCCGUCUGCGGUAUUGCUCCUGCUAUUCCCUAUCAGAGCUUUCCAAUUACAUCGAGCCAAUCUCAAGGUCCUACCGAACUACAUAGGUGCUAUCAAAGCUGUGCUCACUGUAGCCAUUGCAGCAGUUGAAUUAGCUUCCACAGUCCUAUGUUUGACAUCUUCAGCGCGUCCGAGUGGAAUAUCAAUUGCAGCCAAUGUCAUUACCUUAGUGGCGGCUCUUGCAGUAUGCCAUUUGUCAUUCAAUGAACAUGGUCGAUCGGUCAAACCUUCUACAAUACUGAUGCUCUAUCUACUGGCAUCUGUGAUAUGCGAGGGCACUCUCCUGGGGUUAUCUGACCUAGGACUUUGGGCAACUGGCACAACUCUUGUCCCUGUACUGUCAUUCAGCCUCAAACUAAUCUUCCUCAUCAUUGAAUCCAUUAACAAAAGAUCUUAUCUCAGAGAGCCGUAUAAGGAGCUGCCUGUUGAGCAGACAGUCAGCGACCUGAAUCGGGCAUUCCUGUUCUGGAUCAAUGACCUGAUACUCCUUGGUAAUUCUAAAUUGCUCAAAUAUUCUGAUAUACCGGGCCUCCAUGAGGCGCUCAAAUCAAAGGGUAUUCGUGCGCGGAUAGAGAAUGUAUGGGAUAAAACCACCAAGCCGGACAAUCAAGAGGGCUCAGAAGGUGGAGGCGUACUGCUGUGGGCACUGUUCAGAUUCUUCAGAAGGGCCCUCGUCCUGAACGCAAUUCCCAGGUUGCUGGUGAUCGCUUUCCGUUACUCACAACCAAUUUUCAUAAACAGGACAAUCAGAUAUGUGACUCAGUCGACCAGAGAAAUCGAAGAAGUAAAUGCUACUGGCUACUAUCUCGUUCUUGCCGCGUUAGUCAUAUAUGUUUCCUUUUGCGUGUACUAUCAAAACCAUAACAGAAUCAGGGUCCAAUGUCGCGGCGCACUUGUUGGCCUCAUCCAUGCUCGCUGUCUGACAAUGCGUGAUGGAAUUUACGACGAUGCUGCGGCUGUCACACAUAUGAGCAGUGAUACUGAUAAUGUGGAGAACCUCCCUUGGCUUUGUCAAGAAGCAUGGGCGCAGAUGAUCGAAUUUCUCAUCGGAGUGUGUAUGCUUUGGAAUGAGAUUGGAUGGUGGUGCUUGGCACCACUCCUCAUCAUAUCCUUAUCCUCGCUAGUCGCCCGAUGGGUUGCGGGUAAAGUUGCAAAAUACGUUGGAGAUUGGCAGAAGGCCCGACAAAGCCGAAUCUCAUUGACGGGCUCUAUGAUCGACUACAUCAAGAACAUCAAGAUGAUGGGAAUGACUGACACUAUCACGACAAGAAUUGAAGAAUCAAGGAAGUUUGAUAUAGCUAAGGGAAUGAAUGUUCGUUGGAUAAUCGUUUACUUCAACCUAGCAGGAAACUCUAUCGGAAUUUUCGCUCCUGCUGUAACUCUGAUAGGGUAUGCACUGGAUAUAUAUAUUCAUAGCAAAGAAUCUUUGGACCCAACGACGGCUUUUACGACGAUUGCCAUCAUCAGUCUGGUGUCUGUGCCGGCUAACAUGUUGCUUGCGCUUCCCACACAAUUCGCACAAGUCUACGGUUGUGCCACCAGAAUCCAGAAAUAUUUAUUGGAGCCGUCUCAAGACGACAGGCGUAUUUUGCUCGAACCUAGUUCGAGUAAAAUAGGCUCAGAUCUAAACAACAAGUACACAAGCGAAGAGCGUGUAAAUGGAAGCCAAAUUAGUGAUCAAACUCCAGCAGUGAUCCUCGAAGAUGUGGUGCUUAGACCAGCCAGUGGGGCGGACGUAUGCUUGGAUGGUAUAAACGCACAGCUAACUAAAGGCUCACUGAACGUGGUUGUCGGAGCCGUUGGUACAGGCAAGACAACGUUGGUGCGGGCCAUUCUUGGAGAUGUCGCACCUGACAGUGGCUCCAUCUAUGUCUCAACAAAACGUAUUGGUUAUUGUGCUCAGAAGCCCUGGCUUGUAAACGCCAGCAUCAAAACCAUGAUAACGGGCGGAACAGAAAUCGACGAGGAGUGGUACAAGACUGUCAUACAUGCAUGCUGCCUAGAACUGGACAUCCAAGAACUAGGCGGCGGAGAUUCGGAAGCUGUUGGUAGCCGCGGUGCUGUUCUUUCUGGCGGGCAGAGACAGAGAGUGGCACUUGCUCGAGCUGUGUAUUCGCGGCCCGAAAUAAUCAUUUUGGAUGAUGUACUCAGUGCGCUAGAUGUAAGAACGGAGGCUCAAGUAGCCACAAGAUUGCUAGGUCCGAAUGGCAUAUUCCGCUCUCUGGGGACAACCGUGAUUCUUAUGACCCACGCCACUCAGCACCUAUCCUCCGCCGACCUUAUUAUAGUCCUCGCCGACUCGAAAAUCGUGGAACAAGGCACCUACAAGGACGUCCAACUUUCCACAGCAUACGUCAGCAAACUUCAGGUCAAAGAAUCAACAUCGCAAUCAAUUUUGAACGAGAAGCCUUCAACUGUGCCCGGCACAAUUCCUCCUUCGAAGGAUGAGCAAUUAGAUCAUUCCAGGAGGAUGGGCGACUUAUCUGUCUACCUCUAUUACCUUAGAUGUGCUGGGCUACCUGUGUUGCUCGUGUUCCUAGUAUCCAAUCUCACUUUUGGAGCGACAAUAGCCACAACACCGUCCAUACUAAGGGCGUGGUCGGAGUCAGGAAGCCAGUAUAUGUGGUUCUACAUCGGGAUGUAUACUCUUUCGUCGCUUCUAGCAUUUGUUGCGACGGGAACCAUGAUAUCGUCAACGUUCAUCCUCAUCGCCCCUAGAGGGUCAAAGAUUCUGCAUCACCGUCUACUCAAGACUAUUAUGAGCGCGCCACUGUCAUACUUUACCACUACCGACACGGGUGUGACCCUGAACAGAUUCUCCGCAGAUCUCGCUUACAUAGAUCAGCCUCUGCCUAUACACCUGAUGAUCACCUGUUGGCAAUUUUUUAGGUUGAUUGCCCAAUUGGUACUACUCUUGCUCACGCAAGCAUACGUCGCCGUCGCCACACCUUUUUUGUUUGUAGUUCUGUACUUCUUGCAGAAACUAUAUUUAUAUACGUCCCGCCAAAUUCGACUCUUGGACAUUGAACUGAGAGCUGAGGUGGUAUCCAAUUUCUUGGAAACACUCGAGGGGAUCUCUCACAUCCGUGCCUUUGGUUGGCAAUCUCAAUUCAUCGAACAGAACACCAAGAAACUUGACAUAUCUCAGAGCCCGAACUAUAUCAUGCACGCUGUUCAACAAUGGCUGACUCUCGUGCUUGAUAUCUUGGUAGCGGGACUCGCUGUCUUGGUCAUCGGUCUUGCCACUGCUUCGAGGGUUUCUACUACUGGAGGACAGAUAGGCAUUGCUCUCAAUGUCAUUCUUACUGUAUCCGGGACUCUCAAGGGUCUUCUAGAGUCAUGGACACAACUCGAGACUGCCAUGGGCGCCGUCCACCGUAUCAAGGAGCUCGAAGAGACUCUUCUUCCAGAAUCCAACGAGAGAGAAAAUUCCGAGGCACCCCCGGAAUGGCCGAAUAACGGUGCUAUCGAGUUUCAAGACGUUGUUGCCGCCUACAACCCUGAGACGACCGCUCUGAAAGGGAUCUCAGUAAAAAUAUCCCCUGGUCAGAAAGUUGGAAUCUGUGGCCGCACUGGAAGCGGGAAAUCUACUUUGUUGUUGUCACUGCUACGACUCGUUGAGUUGAAAUCCGGUUCUAUCACAAUCGACGGCCUUGACUUGUCCACACUGCCGCGUGAGAAGAUCCGAUCAAGCCUAGUCGCGAUCCCCCAAGAUACCUUUGUUUUGAACGACACCAUACGGCACAACAUCGAUCCCUCGGGCACUGUGUCAGAUGAUGACAUCAUUGCAGCUCUCGAGAAGGUUCAGCUAUGGAACGUCAUCAAAUCUCGUGCUACCAAUAAUGGUAGUAAAGUCGGUAAUAGUUCUGCAGCGGCCUCCGGAACGGCAACACCAGAUAUUGAGGAGACUGUAAAUGGUACCUCAACGCCCCCAAAAGAGAAAUUUGACCCUCUCGAUGCAUCACUCAAGGGCUCUCCUCUAUCUCAUGGUCAAUUCCAGCUUUUCAGCCUCGCCCGUGCCUUGCUCCUGAAAGACCGAUCCAGGAUACUAAUCCUAGACGAAGCGACGAGUAACGUGGAUUCGAAGACGGACGAGCUUAUGCAGCGUAUCAUCAGGGAGGAGUUCGCCAAGCACACCAUCCUGACGGUCGCUCAUCGAUUAGACACUAUCCGAGAUGCUGAUAUUAUUCUUGUUAUGGAUAAGGGGCAGCUGAUAGAGAUUGGCACACCGGAAGAGAUACUGGCUAAGAAGAUCGACAUUACGGAUUAG